UGUUAUGACACCCCCUCCCCCCAAACCAACCCUUCCCCUUCUUUAAUUACUCCAAUAAUUCAGCACCAAAAGAAUCAAAAUCUCAAAACUAUAGCACCUCACUCUUCUAUCCCUUUUCUUCCUUAGAUUUUACAAAAUUAAAAAAUGGAUCUUGAAGAGUGGGAGAUUCUUCCUGAUGAUGGAUUCCUUCAAAUCCAUGAUGAUGGAGGCAAAAUGAUAUUUUCAAGAAAAUAUGCAUCUGAUUCCAAGAAUGAAUUCAACAUGAAUUAUUUCAUUUGCCCAUCUCCAAAAUCAUCUCAAUUUGUUGACAUAACACAGCACCCUACACCAAGAGUGCCAAAUCAAUUAGUCCCUUUGGAUCCAACUUUUCAAGAAACCCCAAAUGAUCAAGAAGAAAUUAUUCCCAAAGAAGUCAUCACUAAAGUCCCUCUUGAGAUUAAAGUUCCAAACUUUGGUGAGCAUCAUGAUCAAUUCUCACAGGUUUUCUUCAAGAAAAUGAAGGAUAAUGAAUUUGAAAACAUGAAAAUGGACUCACCAAAGUCUAUUAACAAGACCCCUUUGUCCCAAUUUGAGGAGAAAACAGAGGAUUUUGAGGUUGAACAAGAGAUGGUGAUCGAGAAAAUUGAAGAAAAUGGUAAUAGUGGAUUGAACUUGUUGAACAAGAGUUUAAAUGGAAUUGGUGCUAUUUGUUCUUUUGGGGUUGCUGCUGCUGCUACUAUUUGCAUCAUAUUCAUUGGUAAUCACCAAAAACAUAAGCAGAAUCAGAAGAUUAGGUUCCAAAUCUUUACUGAUGACAAGAGGAUCAAGCAAGUAGUUCAACAUGCAACAAGAUUGAAUGAAGCAAUUUCAGCAGUGAGAGGAGUUCCUGUUACAAGAGCACACAUUACAGUUGGAGGUUAUUAUGAUGCUCUUUAAAUGUUCGGCCCAUGGUUCAUUAACUACUACUUUUUUUCGGAAAAGAAGCAAUGACGAUAUCCGGUGAAUAAGCAUUGGUUAACUUUGUACUAUCACAUUAUAGUACAUAAAUAUAGGAUUUUUAUUAUACAUAUGUUGUGCAUAUAUAAUUUCAAGAUUCUACUGAGCUUAUAGUAAAGUCAUCUAUUAUAAAGAAAUUUGGUUUAUGGUUCAUAUAAAUUAGUACCAUUCCAUGAAUGUAAGAUUUUGUGGUGAAUUUCAUGUGUUUUUUCGAAUGUUGUUGGCACUUGGCUUUGUUCAGCAUGGGAUUUAAGC